UUGAGAGAAACACGUAAAAAUUUCACGAGUUUGGCAAAGCGGAAUCGUAGCAUAAAGCGAAAGAAAUAUGCAGAAUUGGAACGUUUAAAGCAAAAAAAACAAUCCGAAGAUGCUGCUCUUAAGAAAAAACAGCAAUGUAGAAACUAUUCUAUGAAAAGAUGUUCGAAGGGCUCAGAAUGUCCCUAUGGACAUUUUGAAAUAGAAAAAAUCAGAUUUCCAUGCAGUUCAUAUUCAACUGGUCAUUGUCCUAAUGGAUCAAAAUGUCCAUACAUGCAUGGAGACUACCCAUGUAUCAAGUUUCAUUCCGAAGGAGUUUGUCCUGACGGGCAAAGAUGUCGUUUUUCACAUGGGGAGUUAACUACCAUUACACAACAAAUUGUAAUUGACGUAGAAGCAGAGAAACAAAAGGGGAAGGCGUUAAAAAAGUUGACCGCACGUUGUUAAACUUUUAGUUCUAGUCAGAAAAAGGUAAACCCUCCGAAAGUCGGAAAUACUAUGUCAAUGAAGCGAAAAGGCUCUAACUCCCCUAAAAAGAAAGAGCAAGAAAGGAAGCGGCUACCUUCUCCACAAACCCCUAAUUUAUUGUUUAAGCCUAACGAUACUUUCUCUACCGAUUGUACGAAUGUAAGCAAUGAAAAGACGGGAAAACUGAGAGAUAAAUUUAUUGGGCAAGAGCCACUCACAAGCACUGAUUAUUUUUCGAGUAGUAAUACUGUAAUAAAUAAUUACUACAUUUAUCCGCCAUAUUUUCAAGUUGAAUUGGAUAGGCUUGAAAGGUCAUUUCCAAAAAAUUUUCCACAUCCUGAAAUUCCCAUGGCACCUCUAAGUGAUUUUAAUGUCGAUUGGGUAUCUUCUGGAUUAACAAAAUUGACGUCUUUGUCAAAUGAGAAUAAAAGUUCUCAUACAAUGAACCCUCCUUGUAAAGAUGAUAGACAAGAAAAUACUUGUAGCAAAAAAUCGAUCACCAGUCAUUAUAUGAAAUUUAUAAAUGGAGCCUGGGAAUAUGUAAACUAUCCUGACAUUCCCAAUGAAUCGAUUGGUAAAUGCUAUUACCGAAAGAGCAGAUUUGUGGAUACUUAUCAAAAAGACAUUGAUUCUAGAAUGGAGAAACAAAGAAUUGGAUCUAAUAUCAAAUCAUCUAAUAUAUUAAGAUCAAAAAAAGAAGUUAUUCAAGAUGAAUGGCAGAUAUUACGAUCUCCGGAUAACAGUGCAGCUAAUGUGGAACCGUCGCAGACUGGAUCUAGAGAAAAGUUAGUGAGUGACCGUGGCAGUUCCAAUAAUUUUUUGAAUGCGGCAAAAAAUUCCAAGCCUGUUGAGAUUCCAUGUGGAUAUGAAGACGAUCCAUCAUUGCCAGAUUAUGCUAAAGUUCCUGGAAUUUUGAAAUGUAAAGAUGAUUCUAUUUGGAAAAAAUUAUGGGAACCAUGA